UCUGAAUUGGAUGGGAUGGAUUGGUCUGUAAAAAAAAUUAAAAGUGGUUCUUAUGUUUGUUGGUUUGGUCUAAAAAAAAAGAAAAAAGUGAAUCCCGAUUCUCCCCGAGCUCCCCUCCCCCCCAGACCACCCAACCUACAGCUCCUCCUGCAGCUCCUCCUCCACUCCCCCUCUCCACCCCUCCUCCACUCCUCCUCCACUCCUCCUCCACUCCUCUCUCUCUCAGCUUCUCGAACGCUGCCGGACACAAUGAGCAAUCACGUCAGAGAUAUACCUGGUAGUCCGAAAGAGAGCUACAAGAUGUUGUAUAGCUAUUUGUACAUGUUAGAGCAAGUGAAUCCGGGGACAAAAACCUGUUUGAAAUUGGAUGAUAGAAGUAAAUUUGAGUACCUUUUCAUAGCUUUGGGAGCUUGCAUUGAAGGGUUUGCAGUUAUGAGGAAGGUGAUAGCUGUGGAGGGGAUACGUCUGAAGAACGGUGGUGUUUUAGUUUCGCGAAAGCUCAGGAUCCUAAUGGUCAGAGUUAUCCACUUGCGUUUGCAGUAGUAGAUGGUGAGAAUCUUGCUAGUUGGACUUGGUUUUUCGAGAUGCUUAAAAGUGUUAUACCAGA